ACAAGGAAAAAGGAAAAAUAUAACUUGGUAUUGUAAAUAAUUAACAUAAUUAACUUUUAAGCAUUUCCGAAACUUCUGAGCAUUUACGCAAUAGGUAGGUAAAUAUGCCGAAGAAACCAUUACAAAAAGCACGGGAGAACCGCUCUACAGACAAAAAGGACUUGACUUUCCACCCGUACCACAUCACGCCAGAGACGGCCCACACCGCCGUCCUACUGCUGGAGUCUGAGGAAGACGAGAUAUUAUGCCAGACUCUCCGCGCGAUCACCAAGUUCUCCGCUCAAGACACUCGCAACCGCGAGAUCCUAUUCCACCUGGAUGCUAUCAAGUACAUCCUGCCUCACAUCCAGCACAAAGCGCUGAACGUGCAGCGGUUCGCGCUGAAGGCCCUCGCGCAGCUGUGUCAGCUGCCGACGGCGCCGGAGGUAGUGUUGGCGGAUGCGGAGAAUGUGAGGACUGUGGCGGCGCUGUUGGGUAAAAUGGAAGAUGUAUAUGUCCUGGAGUUCGCGUCUCUAAUCCUGGCGGAGGUGACCCGCGAGCCGCUCGGAUGCGACCAGCUCGUGGCCACCAAUGUCAUCAGCACGCUGUUCAAUAGGAUGAAGAGCAGCGCUGACCCUGAUGUGCAGAAGAAUUGUCUUCAGACCAUAAGCAACCUAUUAGACGACCCAGCGUCUGCGUCAGAAGUAACAAUGAACCCUCACUGCACCUGGCCACCGAUCCUGGCUCUGAUGAAGAACAAAUACGUGGCCAUUCAACACGCAGCCAUCAAGACUGUCGGCCAACUGCUUGGACGGUUCAAGGAUGAGCAUAUACAGAAGAGUUUCAAAGCGUCGACUGGUAUCAGCGAUUUUUGUGAUAUUCUUGAGACGUACGACUUCCGCGACAUCCACUCCCUGAUCCUGGACGUGAUCCGCGACUACGUCGAGACGGAGGACAACGCGGCGCACGCGCACCGCGCCGGCGCGCUGCAGCGCCUGCUGGCGUAUCUAGAGAUAGCACCUGUGGAGCUGAAGCCACGUGCGCUCGCUGCACUGGCCAAGAUGACACUAACUGAAAGCGGGAGAAAGGCUCUAUUCGAGACAGGAGCAGACCUGGUGUUCUGCCACCUGCUGCUGGGUUCAGACGUGGAGCUGCUGGCGGACGCGGCGCUGGCGGCGGGCAACAUGGCGCGGCUGGCGGAGGCGGCUGUGAGGAUGUGUGACGCGGGCGUCGUGGAGGCUCUGGCUUCGAUCCUCGCAGACGAGCGGGCUGCCUGGUUCGACGUGAGGAUCAACGCUCUGAAGGCGCUAGGCGAGCUGACCCGCGCCACGCCGCGCGCCGCCACCGCCCUGGUAGCACCGAAGACCUUCAGUGCCGUCGUCAAUGUUAAUAAGAAAUACAAAGAAACUCCUGUAGAAGCUCAACGCUUGGCUGUACAGUGCUACAUAAACCUGCUCGACUACCACGAGACGAUGCGAGCCCUGCUCACCCCACACUUUAUUCACGAACUCCUGAAUAUAGUACAGCGUAUCGACAUAAAGCUGAAAAUACUGGCUUGUUCAGCGCUGUCAGUGCUGAUGUCAGAAGACCCGGGCAGGCAACUGUUUACCUCCAAGGGAGGGGAAAAGGUAGUUUCAGAGAACUUGAAGGUCGAGCACUUGGGUCUGAGGACAGCUCUGUGCAACCUCAUCCUAGCCAGCGUCACCGCCGCCGGCGCAGACGUAUACCAUGGGAUUGGCACUCUGCAUUACAUGGUGACUAAUCGCCAGGCUAGGUACGCGGUGAGUGCGUGGGAAGCGGCGUUGGAGAGCAUCUUCAAACACAACCCCUCGGCGAAGUUUGCGUACACCGGCCGACUUGACGUCACUGAUUUUACUCACGAUGGUUUCUACGUGCAGAAACGUAUUAGCGACAGGUUCCUGCCGCUGAAGCAUAUUGUAAGAGACGCACGGCGGCCGUUCAAAGACCCCGUGUUUGUCAUCAAUUUUGGGAACUCCAAACACGCUUCGGAACCUUCUCACGAGCGCAGUUCGUCGGACUCAAAAGUCGAUUCGAACUUACGCAAUUAUUUGGAUAAUCUGCUUUCCUGGUUUGGUGAGCCGGAAAGUAGUUGUAAGGGAAGUAAAUCCAUGCAAUACACUGAAGUUGAUGAGUCGGAGUAUGAAGUCAGGUACCGCGAGAAGUGCCACGAAGUUUCAACAACUUUGAAGUCUAGAGCGGAACAGCUGGCGCAGUUUGUGGUAGAGCAGAUGUGCGGACUUACAGAGGAAAGAGAUUGCUCUAUGCCAAGUGUCGACUUGCAUCUGGCUGAUUUGAUGUUAGACCUGAACACUAGCGUCCUACCGCUAGGCCACGUGCGGUGCGGCGGCCCUCUAGAACGCGCUCUUCUAUACAAGGCGUUGGCGGACCGAGUCGCCGUGCCGUGCGCACUGUGCCGGGGUGGGGGCGGCGCGUGGUGCGAGGUGGCCGUACCUGAGAGUGACCCGGACGAAGACGAAAUCAUCCCCGGGCCGGCGCUACGCGGCUACCCGGCGGGUCUACUCCGAGUGAACUACAUAGUGGACCUGGAGCGGGGCCGCCUGGUCAGAGCAGGGGGCGCCGACGCCCAGCGCGUCUGUGGCGUGACGUGCUCGCAGCGAUACGUGGCGGGGAAGACUCCUGAUGAGUGCUAUUGCGAUGCGCUGUUCUAUGUUUGA